CCGUGCAGCCGGCGCUGCCACAACCGGAAGUUGCUGGUCAGCGGAGGUGGUGGUCCCGGCCGCUCGGGAGCGUCUCUGGCUUCUCCCUCGGAGCCCGCCCGGCCUGUUGCCAUGGUGUUCUACUUCACGUCCAGCGUUGUUCCCGCUGCUGCUUACACCAUUUACAUGGGAAAAGAUAAAUAUGAAAAUGAAGAUCUAAUAAAGUAUGGCUGGCCAGAAGAUAUUUGGUUUCAUGUGGACAAGCUCUCCUCUGCGCACGUGUACCUCCGGCUGCACAAGGGGCAGACAAUGGAUGACAUCCCAAAGGAGGUUUUGAUAGACUGUGCACACCUAGUCAAAGCUAACAGCAUUCAAGGCUGCAAGAUGAACAACGUCACUGUGGUGUACACCCCAUGGAGCAACUUGAAGAAAACGGCAGACAUGGACGUGGGACAGAUUGGGUUUCACCGGCAGAAGGAGGUGAAGGUCUUGACUGUGGAGAAGAAGGUGAAUGAAAUCUUGAACCGGCUGGAGAAGAGCAAAGUGGAGCAGUUCCCAGACCUGGCGGCCGAGAAGGAAGCGCGUGACCGGGAGGAGAGGAAUGAGAAGAAGGCCCAGAUCCAGGAGAUGAAGCGAAACGAGAAAGAGGAGAUGAAGAAGAAGAAAGAGAUGGAAGAGCUUCGGAACUACUCUUCCUUAAUGAAGGCGGAGAACAUGUCUUCCAACCAGGAUGGCAAUGACUCAGAUGACUUCAUGUAAACAAAGGCGCCCUCCUUUUGGAAGACAAAGACGGACUCUGACAUCGUAGCUCUUUGCUGUUGAUGCUCAAAACUAGCAAGUGAACUCGAGAGUCUCUGUGCUCGUUUCAUCAUUCUGGGCAGCAUUUGGGAGGAGGUGGGCGGCUCUUCUUCCUGGACGGAAUAUCCCCGCAGGUGCUCAGAGGAGACAGCCGCUUCCGGUUCCAGAGCCACAAGGAUGCACAUCUUCCCAGGGGACAUUGGGGAGGUGGCAGCGGCUGCUUGAGCCAUAGAAGUGCCUGGAACCUCCCUGGGGAACAAACCGUUAACUCUUAGACCCGAGGAUAGCCCCACCUUGCAGCACUUGGGUUUAGUUUUGUUAUGGAUAUGUGGCCCCCUCCCCAAUAGAAUGCACCUGUGUUGAGAGCCUGGUUCUCCCUUUGAAUUCCACAGGAGUGUGAGCUCAGCACAGCUGCGUUCCCAUGCUGCAAAACGUUUGUCUGGUGCUUGAGAGCAUCACUCAGCGAGCAGCCACGUAGCUCUCCAGCUGCUGCUUCCAUGCGGUCUCUGCAGCCCCACCGUCUGCCCGCGCAGGGCCAGCUGUGGGAACCUUCCAGAGCUCUAGCCAGAUAGCUGGGGGUAGCAUUGCUUCUCUCAACUCCAGAGGACCAUCUUGGCUACUGGCACUUGCCUUGACAGGCAGGCGAGUGACUUCUUGCUCAGUUCUCUUUUGACUAAUGCCAUUGUACCCGCUCCAGUGACAUUCUCCUUUGCAGCAAGCGUUGACUCUUUCCCCUUUUCUUUUUAAAAAGCAGGUGAUGGGGCGGUUCUUUUUCAGCAUGCUUUGCUUCCACAGUUGGGCAUAUUCUCUCUCUCUCUCUGUCCUCCACUUUCUGGGUGUCUUUUUUUCAGGGUAUGGGGGUUGCAGAGGACGUCCCUGGUUGCUUGACUUCCCUCAGCAGGGAAGAGGGCAAGGUGGACUCACCCGGCCAUUGCUUGGCUUUUCCCAAGUUCCUCUCCUAGGUUCAGAGCAUCGUUAUGGGGGAAAGCAGCCGCUCUUGAAGGCCAGCCCGAGAUCGUGGGGAUUUGAAAGCUCCCUGUUUGCUCUCAACGUCUCCCAGCGGUGUCAGGGAGCAGAGAGGCUGGCCUCAGCCUCUCUGAUGGCUUCUGUUGCUCCCGCUUCUCCUGGCUCAAGACCUGGUUCUGGGUUUUUAGAAAGCACAUUCUAAGCGGUCCAAGGGUCAAGGCCAAGCGCACGCCCAAAAAAGCACCACUUGAGUCUAGGCCAGCCUUCCCUAACAUGAUGCCCUCCACGUGUUCUGGGCUACGGCUGUAGUCACCCAGCCGUGCUGCCUGGGGCAGCUAGGAGUUGUCGGCCAAAAUGUUUGGAGGACACCAGGUUUGGGAAGGCCAUUGCGUCUGCAGAGCAGCCCUCUCUGUGUCUGCUAGUCUUGAGAGCCACACUAAAGCAAUGGAAGCCAACAAGCAGGAACCAAACUCAUCCCUUGAGUCAGUGUGAUUAGAAUUAUAGUACCCGCUUAAGAAAAACAGCCCCCAUUAUGUUGCCGGCUUUGUCGUGAUAAAUUACUUAGAAGAA